AUGGCAAACUCAAGCACCACUGGUCAUCGAGACAUGUCUACUGCCGUUCUUAUUAGGGUUGAUCAGUCUGGCGAAGGAGACUUUACAAAAAUACAGGAUGCUAUUGACUCCGUUCCAUCGAACAAUUCAGCGUUAGUUUUUAUCUGGGUCAAGCCUGGAACAUACAGAGAAAAGAUUGUUGUGCCUGCUGAUAAGCCCUUCAUUACAUUGAGUGGAACUCUUGCCUCGACCACUGUGAUAACUUGGAAUGACGGUGGAGAUGUACUUUCUGACUCACCAACAGUCAAAGUAUCAGCUUCCGAUUUUGUUGGACGAUAUUUAACAUUUCAGAUUUUUUGCUGUUUGAUCAUGGCAAACUCAAGCACCACUGGUCAUCGAGACAUGUCUACUGCCAUUCUUAUUAGGGUUGAUCAGUCUGGCAAAGGAGACUUUACAAAAAUACAGGAUGCUAUUGACUCCGUUCCAUCGAACAAUUCAGCGUUAGUUUUUAUCUGGGUCAAGCCUGGAACAUACAGAGAAAAGAUUGUUGUGCCUGCUGAUAAGCCCUUCAUUACAUUGAGUGGAACUCUUGCCUCGACCACUAUUAUAACUUGGAAUGAUGGUGGAGAUGUACUUUCUGGCUCACCAACAGUCAAAGUAUCAGCUUCCGAUUUUGUUGGACGAUAUUUAACAUUUCAGAAUACAUAUGGAAAAAAAGGCAAAGGUGUUGCAUUGAGUGUUACUGGAGAUAGAGCUGCAUUCUAUGGUUGCAGAAUCCUCUCCUAUCAAGAUACUCUACUAGAUGAUGCAGGUCGACACUACUACAAAAAUUGUUACAUCGAAGGAGCUACUGAUUUCAUAUUUGGAAAUGCGGCCUCUCUUUUCGAAAAUACAUAUGGAAAAAAAGGCAAAGGUGUUGCAUUGAGUGUUACUGGAGAUAGAGUUGCAUUCUAUGGUUGCAGAAUCCUCUCCUAUCAAGAUACUCUACUAGAUGAUGCAGGUCGACACUACUACAAAAAUUGUUACAUCGAAGGAGCUACUGAUUUCAUAUUUGGAAAUGCAGCCUCUCUUUUCGAAAGGUGCCGUCUUCAUUCAAUUUCGGGCGGAAAUGGAGCCAUCACUGCACAAAAAAGAGAGUUUCCAACUGAGAAUACUGGCUUUGUGUUCUUAGGUUGUAAAAUAACUGGAAAUGGAAAUGGAAGCGCUCUACUCGGAAGACCAUGGGGUUCCUAUUCGAGGGUCGUGUUUGCCCUGUCAUACAUGUCUAGUGUUGUACAGUCGGAAGGAUGGAAUGAUUGGGGAGACCAAAACAAGCAAAGUUCAGUAUAUUAUGGUGAAUACAAGUGUUACGGUCCGGGGGCUAAUAGAGCAAAAAGGGUAAAUUGGUCACAUAAUUUAUCAAAUGAGGAGGCUUCUCUAUUCCUGAACAAGAACAUGAUUGGAGGGAGAGGUUGGCUAAGACCCGCACCAACUCGGUUUAAAAGGGGCUCAACCAUCCUUAAGAAACCAAAUUGA